AUGAUUCGCUUCUCAUUCUCUCUUCUUUCUCUCUUCUUUCUCCUUUCUUUCUCUUUACUUUCUCUUCUCUUUCUCUUAUCUUUCGCUUCUAUUUCUCUCUUCUUUCUCUUUUCUUUCUCCUUUCUUUUUCUUCUUUUCUUUCCUUUCUUUCUCCUUUCUUUUCCUUUCUUUCUCUUAUCUUUCGAUUCUAUUCUUUUCUUUUCUCUUCUUUUCUUUUCUUUUUUUCUCUUUUCUUUCUCUUUUCUUUUUCUUGUCUUUCCUCUUUCUUUCUUUCUCUUCUUUCUCUUUUUUCUUUUCUCUUCUUUUCUUUCUCUUUUCUUUUCUCUUUUCUUUUCUUUCUUUCUCUUUUCUUUUUCUUGUCUUUCGCUUCUCUUUCUCUUCUUUCUCUUUUCUUUCUUUUCUUUCUCUUUUCUUUCUCUUUUCUUUCUCCUUUCUUUCUCUUAUCUUUGGCUUCUCUUUCUCCUUUCUUUCUCUUUUCUUUCUCCUUUCUUUCUCUUAUCUUUGGCUUCUCUUUUCUUUCUCUUUUCUUUCUCUUUUCUUUCUCUUUUCUUUCUCUCUCUUCUUUCUCUUAUCUUUUCUUUUCUUAUCUUUCUUUCUCUUCUCUUUCUCUUCCUUUCUUUCUCUUUUCUUUCUUUUCUUUCUCUCUUUGAUUUUCUCUUCUCAUUCUCUUUUCUUUCUCUUUUUCUUUCUCUUUCUUUCUCUCUAUUUUCUUUUCUUUUCCUCUUUACUUUCUCUUCUCUUUCUCUUAUCUUUCGCUUCUCUUUCUCUCUUCUUUCUCCUUUCUUUCUCCUUUCUUUCUCUUAUCUUUCUCCUUUCUUUAUUCUCUUUCUUUCUUUUCUUUUCUUUCUUCUUCUUUCUCUUUUCUUUCUCUUUUUUUUCUUUUCUUUUCUUUCUCUUUUUUUUUUUUUCUCUUUCUCUUCUUUCUUUCUCUUUUCUUUUCUUUCUUUCCUUUCUUUUUUCUUUUCUUUCUCCUUUCUUUUUCUCUUAUCUUUGGCUUUUCUUUCUUUCUCUCUAUUCUUUCUUUUUCUUUCUUUCCUUUCUUUCUCUUUCUUUAUCUUUGGCUUCUCUUUCUCCUUUUUUCUUUCUCUUUUCUUUCUUUCCUUUUCUUUUUGGCUUCUCUUUCUCUUUCUUUCUCUUUUCUUUCUCCUUUCUUUUUCUCCUUUUUUCUUUCUUGGCUUCUUUUUUCUUUCUCCUUUCUUUUCUUUCUUUCUUUCUCUUUGGCUCUUUCUCUUUCUCUUUUCUUUCUCUUUUUUCUUUCUCUUUUCUUUUCUUUCUCUUUUCUCUUCUUUCUCUUCUUUCUCUCUUUCUCUCUUUCUUUCUCUUUUUCUUUCUUCUCUUUCUUUUAUCUUUUCUUCUCUUUCUCCUUUCUUUUUCUUCUUUUCUUUUCCUUUCUUUCUUUCUUUCUCUUCUUCUCUUUCUCUCUUUUUCUCUUUCUUUUUUUCUUUCUCUUUUCUUUUCCUUUCUUUCUUAUCUUUUUUAUUCUUUUUCUUUCUCCUCUUCUUUCUUUUCUUUCUCCUUUUUUCUCCUUUUCUUUCUUUCUCUUACCUUUGGCUUUCUUUCUCUUUUCUUUCUCUUUCUUUCCUUUCUUUCUCUUUUCUUUCUUUCCUUUUUCUUUUCUCUUUUAUCUUUGGCUUCUCAUUUCUCUUCUUUCUUUCUCCUUUCUUUCUUCUCUUUUCUUUCUCCUCUUUUCUUUUUCUCUUUUCUUUGGCUUCUCUUUCUCCUUUCUUUUCUCUUUUUCUUUCUCCUUUCUUUCUCUUUUCUUUCUCUUUUUCUUUUCUUCCCUUUCUCUCUUCUUUCUCUUUUCUUUUCCUUUCUUUUCUUUCUCCUUUCUUUCUCUUAUCUUUCUUUUCUUUCUCUUUCUUUCUCUUUUCUUUCUCCUUUCUCUUUUCUUUUCUCCUUUCUUUUCUCUUACCUUUCUUUUUCUCCUUUCUUUCUUUUUCUUUUCUUUUUCUCUCUUUUCUUUCUCCUUUCUUUCUCUUUUCUUUCUCUUUUGGCUUUUCUCUCUUCUUUUCUUUCUCUUUUCUUUCUCUUUUCUUUCUCUCUUUGGCUUCUCUUUUCUUUUCUCUUUCUUUCUCUUAUCUUUUCCUUUCUUUUCUUUUUCUCCUUUCUUUCUCUUAUCUUUGGCUUUCUCUUUCUUUCCUUUCUUUUUUUUCUUUCUUCUUUUCUCCUUUUCCUUUUUUCUCCUAUCUUUUUUUUCUCCCUUUUUCUCUCUUCUUUCUCCUUUCUUUCUCUUUUCUUUCUCUUCUCUUUCUCUCUUCUUUCUCCUUUCUUUCUCUUAUUUUUGGCUUCUCUUUCUCUCUUCUUUCUCUUUUCUUUCUCCUUUCUUUCUCUUUUCUUUCUCUUUUCUUUCUCUUAUCUUUUCCUUUCUUUUUCUUUCUUUCUUCUCUUUCUCUCUUCUUUCUCUUUUCUUUCUCUUUGGCUUCUCUUUCUCUCUUCUUUUUCUCUUCUUUUCUUUCUCUUUCUUCUUUCUUCUCCUCUUUUUCUUUCUCUUUUCUUUCUCCUUUCUUUUCUCUUUGGCUCCCCUUUUUCUUCUUUCUCCUUUCUUUCUCUUUUCUUUCUUCUCUUUUCUUUCUUUCUCUUUUCUUUCUUUUUUGGCUUCUUCUUUCUUUUUCUUUCUCUUUCUUUCUCUUUUCUCUUUCUCCUUUCUUUCUUUCUUUUCUCUUUCUCUUUUCUUUCUCUUAUCUUUUUUUUCUUUUCCUUCUUUCUCUUUCUUCUUUCUUCCUUUUCUCUUAUCUUUCUCUUUCUUUCUCUUUCUCUCUUCUUUUCUCUUCUUUCUUUUCUUUCUCUUUUUUUUUCUCUUUGGCUUUCUCUUUUCUCUCUUUUCUUUCUUUCUCCUUUCUUUCUCUUAUCUUUCUCUCCUCUUUUCUCCUUUUCUUUCUCUUUUCUUCUCUUUGGCUUUCUUUCUUCUUCUUUCUUCUCCUUUCUCUUUCAUCUUUCUCCUUUCUUUCUCUUAUCUUUGGCUUCCCUUUCUCUUUUCUUUUUCCUUCUUUCCCCUUUUCUCCUCAUUCUUUUUUUCUGCUUCAAUUAUUUCUUUUCCUCUAUUUCCCUCUCUUUUCUAAAAGUUACCCACAAUCUGUUCCAUUGCUUCCACCCACCGAUUGCAAAUAUCGUGGCAGGGAUUGGCAAAGGUCAUUUUUUUCCGCAGUUUGUUGUUACCCUGUCGUUUAUAAAUGGGAAUUGCAAUUCGAGUGCAAAAGCUGUCACCUUUCUUGUUGUUCGACAUAG